AAAGAAGACUCCUUUCUGCCAAGGGCAGAUCUCGACUCCCGCGCUGCGCGGCGGUGACGACAUUCUUCCGCGCCGGCAGCCGGGCGUUUUCGGCGCCGGCAGCAGGCGCCUGCGCAGUGUCUCCGAGCGGGCGGUUGCUUGUUGGUUGUUGUAGUAACCGGGGAAGCGGCCGUCGGCGGCCGCCGUGAGCCGGGCUGGGGAAGGAGGAGGGAGGUAGGCGCAGAGAGCGGUCCCCGCCUGCCCGCCCCAAGCCAUGGAAAGAUGAAACAGGAAUCUGUGCCAUCCAAGUUGUUUGAUCCAGUGAAUCUGCCAGGAAAGGUCUCUGAGGCCCCUGUCUGCUGACUGCAUGACAAACCCUAAAGGAAAUGCCAGUGGUGAUGGCCCGGGACCUGGAGGAAACAGCAUCAUCCUCAGAGGAUGAGGAGGUGGUAAGCCAAGAGGAUCAUCCAUGCAUCAUGUGGACUGGAGGCUGCAGGAGAAUUCCAGUUUUGGUAUUCCAUGCUGAGGCUAUUCUGACAAAGGACAACAAUAUUCGAAUAAUUGGAGAACGUUAUCAUUUGUCUUACAAGAUUGUGCGAACAGACAGUCGCCUGGUACGCAGCAUUCUGACAGCCCAUGGAUUUCAUGAAGUUCACCCAAGCAGCACUGACUAUAAUCUAAUGUGGACAGGAUCCCACCUGAAACCCUUCUUACUUCGCACCCUCUCUGAAGCACAAAAGGUUAAUCACUUUCCCAGGUCUUAUGAACUAACCCGGAAGGACCGACUGUACAAAAACAUCAUUCGAAUGCAACAUACACAUGGAUUCAAGGCCUUUCACAUCCUCCCUCAGACCUUCCUCCUGCCAGCUGAGUACGCGGAAUUCUGUAAUUCAUAUUCAAAGGACCGGGGACCUUGGAUAGUAAAACCGGUGGCUUCUUCUAGGGGGCGGGGCGUCUACUUGAUCAACAAUCCAAACCAGAUUUCCCUGGAAGAGAACAUCCUGGUCUCCCGUUAUAUUAACAACCCCCUGCUUAUAGAUGAUUUCAAGUUUGACUUACGCCUCUAUGUGCUGGUGACUUCCUACGAUCCUCUUGUCAUCUAUCUCUAUGAAGAAGGACUGGCUAGGUUUGCAACUGUGCGAUAUGAUCAAGGAGCCAAGAACAUUCGGAACCAGUUCAUGCACCUGACAAACUACAGUGUGAAUAAGAAGAGUGGCGACUAUGUCAGUUGUGAUGAUCCAGAAGUGGAAGAUUAUGGGAACAAAUGGAGCAUGAGUGCUAUGCUUAGGUACCUGAAACAAGAAGGCAGAGACACAACUGCAUUGAUGGCCCAUGUAGAAGACCUGAUCAUUAAAACUAUAAUCUCUGCUGAACUAGCUAUUGCUACAGCCUGUAAAACCUUUGUUCCUCAUCGCAGCAGUUGUUUUGAACUCUAUGGCUUUGAUGUGCUCAUAGAUUCUACUCUGAAGCCAUGGUUGUUGGAAGUGAAUCUCUCUCCUUCUUUGGCCUGUGAUGCACCUCUGGACCUAAAGAUUAAAGCCAGUAUGAUUUCGGAUAUGUUCACAGUUGUAGGAUUUGUGUGCCAAGAUCCUGCCCAGCGGGCAUCAACGCGGACAAUUUAUCCCAGCUUUGAGUCUUCCAGGAGAAACCCUUUCCAGAAAUCUCAGCGUCCAGUAUCUGCACAGUUUCAGUCAUCAAACGCCAAACAGCGUUCUCGUCCACUCUCUGCCAGUGAUGCGGAAAUGAAAAAUCUUGUGGGCCCAGCCCGGGAGAAAGUGCCGGGGAAGUUAGGUGGUUCUGUGCUUGGUCUGUCAAUGGAGGAGAUCAAAGUUUUACGGAGGGUGAAGGAAGAGAAUGAUCGGCGAGGUGGAUUUAUUCGCAUAUUUCCUACAUCUGAGACGUGGGAAAUAUAUGGGUCCUACCUUGAGCACAAGACCUCCAUGAACUAUAUGCUGGCAACACGCCUCUUUCAGGACAGAAUGGCUGCUGAUGGAACACCAGAAUUGAAGGUAGAGAGUAUGAAUUCAAAAGCCAAGCUGCAUGCUGCUCUUUACGAGAGGAAGCUUCUGUCUCUGGAGGUGCGAAAACGUAGACGACGGAGUGGCAGAUUGAGGGCAAUGAGGCCAAAGUACCCAGUGAUUACCCAACCAGCUGAAAUGAAUGUUAAAACUGAGACAGAGAGUGAAGAAGAGGAAGAAGUUGCAUUAGACAAUGAAGAUGAAGAACAGGAAGCUUCCCAGGAGGAGUCUGCAGGGUCUCUUGGAGAAAAUCAAACCAAAUAUACACCCUCCUUGACUGUUAUGGUAGAAAAUUCACCCAAAGAAAAUUCCCUGAAAGUUCCUGAAUGGAAUAAUAAAGGUGAACAAUGCUGCAAAAUUGAGGCUCAGGAGCCAGAGCCUAAAUUUAACCUGAUGCAGAUUCUGCAAGAUAAUGGAAAUCUUAGCAAAGUGCAGGCCCGAAUAGCAUUCUCUGCCUAUCUCCAGCAUGUUCAGAUUCGCCUGAUGAAAGACAGUGGAGGUCAGACGUUCAGUGCCAGCUGGGCUGCCAAAGAGGAUGAACAGAUGGAGCUGGUGGUUCGUUUCCUAAAGCGAGCAUCAAGUAACCUCCAACAUUCCCUCAGGAUGGUAUUACCCAGUCGACGAUUGGCACUUCUAGAACGCAGAAGAAUCCUAGCCCAUCAACUGGGUGACUUUAUCAUUGUAUACAACAAGGAAACAGAACAAAUGGCUGAAAAGAAAUCGAAGAAGAAACAUGAGGAAGAAGAGGAAGAUGGGGUGAAUGCAGAGAACUUCCAGGAGUUCAUCAGACAAGCAAGUGAGGCUGAACUGGAGGAGGUUUUGACUUUUUACACCCAAAAAAACAAGUCUGCCAGUGUCUUCCUGGGUACUCACUCUAAAAGUUCUAAGAACAGCAACAGUUAUUCUGAUAGUGGAGCAAAAGGUGAUCACCCUGAGACAAUGGAAGAAGUGAAAGUAAAGCCACCCAAACAGCAACUGGCAUCAGAAAUUCAUUGUGAUAAAUUAUCUCGAUUUACCACUUCAGCUGAAAAAGAGGCUAAAUUAGUAUAUACCAAUUCUUCCUCUACUUCUUUCUCUGGUCCUGCUGCUACUCUUCUGCAGAAAAUUCCCAACACCCAUUUGUCAUCUAUUAUUUCAACCUCUGGCCUCACACCAGGGCCUGGCCACCAUUCUUCUUUGUCUCAAAUUCCUCCAGCUAUCCCCAGCAUGCCUCACCAGCCAGCAAUCUUACUGAACACAAGCUCUGACAGUGCUUCUCCCUCCAUACAUCCUGGGAUACAGAACAUACCAAGCCCCGUUGGCCUGCCACGCUGUCGAUCAGGCAGUUACACCAUUGGGCCCUUUUCCUCUUUCCAAAGUGCUGCACACAUCUAUAGCCAGAAACUGUCUCGUCCCUCUUCAGCAAAGGCAGGUUCAUGCCAUCUAAAGCAUCAUUCAGCAAUGGUCAAAACACAAAAGGAGGGAGAAGAUGGGUCUUUGUACACCAAACGGUAUAACCAAAGUAUGGUCACAGCUGAACUUCAGCGGCUGGCUGAGAAGCAAGCAGCAAGACAGUAUUCUCCCUCCAGCCACAUCAAUCUCCUCACCCAACAGGUAACAAACCUGAAUUUGGCAACUGGCGUCAUAAACAGAAGCAGUGCUUCGACUCCCCCAACCCUUCGCCCCGUCAUCAUUCCUAAUGGCCCGACAUGGUCAAUACAGUCAGACCCCCAACCUCCCGAGAACCACUCCAGCCCUCCUGGAAGCAGGAGCCUCCAAACAGGUGGCUUUGCCUGGGAGGGAGAGGUAGAGAACAACGCAUACAGCAAGGCUACGGGGGUUGUCCCCCAGCACAAGUAUCACCCCACAGCAGGCAGUUACCAACUCCAUUUUGCCCUGCAGCAGCUUGAACAACAGAAACUUCAGUCCCGGCAGCUUCUGGAUCAGAGUCGAGCCCGGCACCAGGCAAUCUUUGGCAGCCAGACACUGCCUAACUCCAAUUUGUGGACAGUGAAUAAUGGUGCAGGCUGCAGAAUUUCAAGUGCCACAGCUGGUGGUCAGAAACCAACCACUCUGCCACAGAAAGUGGUGCCACCUCCAAGUUCCUCCUCCUCCCUGGUCCCCAAACCUCCAUCCAAUCACAAACAAGUACUCAGAAAGGCAGCAUCCCAGAGGGCUUCCAAAGGGUCCUCCAUAGAAGGGCAGCUGAAUGGACUCCCGAGCAGCCUUAACUCUGCAGCCUGUAUGCCCAUCACCAGCUCCACAGAUCCUGCUCACACUAAAAGAUGAGCCACAGACACAUGCAGGAGGAACCUAUUCGCCACUCCCGAUGCGUGCCUGGGGUGAAGCAUCCACCAGCACUGCGAGGGGGUCCAUAGUAUUUUGUUGGCUGCCUCAGAGUCCCCAAAGCCUUCAAGCAGACAUGGCAGUAGAUGGCUGCCAAUCAGCCAAUCCAGACUUUUCUUGGGACAACAGGAAAACAGAUCCUCCAGGUUUUGAUGGAGCUGGGAAGUCGGGACAUGCAGCUGAUGCAUUAUUACCCCAUCAGAGCACAUAUGUAUCUUUUACCUUCCCUUCCCCCCACCUGCGUAGGUCUCCUCUGUCCUCUUCCUGCUGCUGCACAGAGAUGAUAUAAAAGAGGCUCUUUGGCUAUUUGCAUUUUGCUUCCUCUUCUUUUCCAGAUUGCCUAUUCAACAAUAUUGUCUUUGUUCAAGCUUAACCCCCAACAUCAUCAUCUACCAAAGUUGUUCUUCCCUUUUCAGAGGGUACUGGGGGAGGGAAGAGCAUGCGUCACAAGUCUCCCAGAAGGGAGGAGACAAGUCGGUGUGCUGCAGACCACAUGAGCCAGGGUAAGGGCACCCUUUCAAAUUACUGGUUUCUAAGAUUAAUAAAGUAAUUCUAUUUCUA